GUGGGGACCCCGGCGGCAGCGCGGGGAGCCGUCGGGGUGACGGGGAGGCGCCGCAGGGGCGGGAGUGGCCGGGGGAGGCGCCGGUGCCGGCAGCGCGGGGAGCGCGGCGCAGGGGCGGCGGCCCCGCAGCCCGGGCGGGCGGGCGGCAGGUGGGAGCGGAGCGGAGCGCAGCGGCGGAGCGGCGGGGAGCGUGGCCGGGAAGGGAAGGGAUGGGCUGCGCACCCAGCAUCCAUGUCUCGCAUAGCGGUGUGAUAUACUGCCGGGACUCGGAGGAGUCCAACUCCCCCCACCAGACCACCACCAUCUCGCAGGGCACCACCACCCUGCACGGCCUCUUCGUCAAGACAGACGCGGCCGACUCCAUCCCCUCCGUCCUCGCCUACCAGAGCCGGCAGCCGCCGCCCUCCGCCGGCCCCCGCCGCAAGGAGCGCAGGGAGUCCGGCGGCGCCUCCGCCCGGUCCAGGACGCCCCACUGCUGCAGCGUCGAGGCGGAGACCCAGACCAGCAGCUCCAGCGCCAAGCAGGCUUCAACUGCAGAAGUACAAGUUGGGCCCAUGAGACUGACACAAUACCCAAUUCAGGUUUUGCUGAUCUUUGCUAAAGAAGACAACCAAAGCAAUGGUUUCUGGUGGGCUUGUGACAGGGCAGGAUACAGGUGCAAUGUUGCCUGGACUCUGGAGUCAGCACUUGAAUGUUUCCUGGAUAAGCAUCAAGAAAUAAUUGUUAUAGAUCACAGGAACUCCAAAUAUUUUGAUGCAGAAGAUAUCUGCAGGUCUAUUCGUGCCACAGAGCUGUCAGAGCAUACUGUAAUACUUGCUGUGGUUCCACGCACAUCUGCUGACCAAGAAGAGUCUUCUGUUCUCCCCCUUCUUGAUGCAGGCUUUGAUAGGCAAUUCAUGGAGAACAGCAGUGUAACUGCUUGUUACAAUGAACUGGUUCAAAUAGAGCAUGGGGAAGUGCGAUCUCAGUUCAAAUUACGGGCCUGUAAUGCAGUGUUUACAGCAUUAGACCAUUGUCAGGAAGCUGUAGAAAUAACCAGUGAAGAUCAUGUCAUUCAGUAUGUUAAUCCAGCCUUUGAACGGAUGAUGGGGUACUGCAAGGGAGAACUUAUCGGCAAGGAGCUCACUGAACUACCUAAAAGUGAUAAAAACUCUGCAGAUCUUUUGGACAACAUAAACACGUUUAUUAAAAAAGGAAAGGAAUGGCAAGGAGUUUACUACGCAAGAAGAAAAUCAGGAGACAGUAUCCAGCAGCAUGUGAAGAUAACACCUGUGGUUGGUCAAGGAGGGAAAAUAAGACACUUUGUGUCCCUUAAAAGGCUGCAUUGUACCAAUGAAAACAACAAACAGCUCUACAAGAGUCACCGUGAGGAUAAGUACACAGGAGACAAUUCCCAGUCAGAAUCCAGUUCUUACAAGUGCAAGAACAGAAGGAAAGACUCAGUUGAUGUUAAGUCAAUAACAUCUCAAAGUAGUGAUGCUCCAAGUUUACAGACCCGGCGGUACUCUUCAAUGGCACGGAUUCAUUCUAUGACAAUAGAAGCCCCUAUCACAAAGGUUAUUAACAUAAUUAAUGCUGCCCAGGAAAACAGCCCGAUCACAGUAGCAGAGGCCUUGGACAGAGUUCUGGAAAUCCUGCGGACAACAGAACUUUAUUCCCCUCAGCUAGGUACCAAAGAUGAAGAUCCUCACACAAGUGAUCUUGUUGGAGGUCUGAUGAAUGAUGGCUUAAGAAGACUGUCAGGAAAUGAAUAUGUGUUUUCUAAGAAUAUGAACCUGAGCCAUACUCACGUUCCAGUGCCAAACACCAUCAAUGAUGUUCCACCCUGUAUUGCACAGCUCCUAGAUAACGAGGAAAGUUGGGACUUCAAUAUUUUUGAGCUGGAGGCUGUUACAAAUAAAAGGCCAUUAGUGUAUUUGGGCCUAAAAGUUUUUGCCCGGUUUGGUGUCUCGGAGUUCUUAAACUGUUCAGAAGCAACACUGCGGGCAUGGCUGCAGGUCAUUGAAGCCAACUAUCAUUCCUCCAACUCAUACCACAACUCCACACAUGCAGCAGAUGUCCUACAUGCUACUGCCUUCUUUCUUGGGAAGGAGAGAGUUAAGGGAAGUCUGGACCAUUUAGAUGAGGUAGCUGCAUUAAUAGCUGCCACCAUUCAUGAUGUAGACCAUCCUGGACGGACCAACUCUUUCCUGUGCAACGCAGGCAGUGAAUUAGCUGUCCUUUACAAUGACACAGCUGUGUUAGAGAGUCAUCACACAGCACUGGCGUUUCAGCUUACAACGAAAGACAGCAAAUACAACAUUUUCAAGAAUAUUGACAGAAAUCGCUACCGGACAUUGCGCCAGGCCAUUAUUGACAUGGUUUUGGCAACAGAGAUGACGAAGCACUUUGAGCAUGUGAACAAAUUUGUGAACAGUAUCAACAAGCCCAUGGCAUCUGAGGAGACCAGCCCACAUAGCGAAGGCAGCGACACUGAAUAUACAGCCAACAUAAAGAAUUUCCCAGACAACCAGACACUGAUUAAGCGCAUGAUGAUUAAAUGUGCAGAUGUAGCAAAUCCAUGUCGCCCCCUAGAGCUAUGUAUCGAAUGGGCAGGCAGGAUUUCAGAGGAGUACUUUGCACAGACUGAUGAAGAGAAGAGACAGGGUCUGCCUGUUGUAAUGCCGGUAUUUGACAGAAACACCUGCAGCAUUCCCAAGUCUCAGAUUUCCUUCAUUGAUUAUUUUAUAACAGAUAUGUUCGACGCAUGGGAUGCAUUUGCACAUCUGCCUGUUUUGAUGCAACACUUGGCUAAUAACUACAAACACUGGAAAACACUGGAUGAUUUGAAGUGCAAGAGUCUCAGGCUGCCAUCAGAAAACAACAACUGACACUAAGUCAAGAAAACCAGACCUCUUGCUCUACCAGUUUCACUGUGAAUCACUUACAGAAACUCUUGGCUACAAAGGGGAUUAAUGUUGCUUUUCCAGUGAAAUUAAGACUGCGUGACAAGAACAAAAUAUUUUACUUGUUUUUACACUUCUAUGAAUUCUACAGAAAAAUGUUUUUAGAGGCUAUAUAAACCACAGACGACUAAGUGCUCUUUGGAAAUAAUAUUUUGUGGCAGAAAAUGUACUUCUAAAAGUAGUUUCUAAUACUGAAUAUGCACUUGUUGAAUCUUGUAGUUGAUACAACUGUAUCCACUAAUGCUUCACCACUAUUAUUCAGAGAAAGGGGUAAUCUAGUCACCAGGAAAGUAAACAUAGGCUGACAAAUAAGGGUUGAAACUUCCCACUUCUCUAGCAUAAAUUUGUUCCAAUUCUAUCAAUGUUCUUCAGCUCUCUGAACCAUACUUCUAAAGAGAACAUGCACAGCAAAACAAGUAAACCUUAAUAAACUGGAUACAUAAAAAACCCAAACAUGACACCUUUUAAAACAACCUUCUUAUUACAGAGACUCUCUCAGAGCACCACCUGUUCUUUCUUUUCCAUAUAACAUCUUGACAGGAGUCAAUGUUCUCUAAAAUUGAUCAUAUAAUACAGGAAAAUAAGCAUGUUCUGUCUAGAUAGUGCCAUCCACAUGAUUCUCUGCCAUCUUGCAGAUGUUAUCACACAAGUUUUCACCAAAUUUGACACUAAAAACUAUUGUGGCACUAGAUCUCUAUCCUUUUUUAUAAAAACGGUGUUUGUAAACAUGGUCAUCACUUUUAUUAAACUGAUCUAGAUUUUAUGGCAAGUUCAUUUAUUGUGCUAGUUCUAGGAUGAACCUAUCACUUUUUUUAAAAGUUUCCAGGCUAUGAUUUAUAAAAGCACUAUAAUUUGUACUGCUUUAUCCUCCUAAUAAAAUGCUGAUUGGUUUUGUGAUGUGAGAAGUACUUCAAAAUAUGUAUAUCAGUUGGAAAUCAAACAUAGUUCUUCAUUCAUUCUAAGACAUGAAAUUUAUGCUAAGGCUUUCAAAGCACAAUGUGUAUUUUUGUACAUCUCAAUCACAUCCAGAACAUAAGUUUAAAUUUUAGACUAUUCUCAGACUAUUCAGUAAAUAAAUACUAGCAGAACUGCUGAUUUUUUACACUGUGCACUCCAGGCUGCAAGCAAAGCUGUCAAAGCUGUGGCUGGAGUUAAAAGAAGCAGUCCACCUACCCUGUGCUGUAUCAAAAAUCAAACUGACUAAAGGAAAAGGGGAAAAAAAGCAAACAGCAUGGAUUGCUAUGGAAGAAUAGUGACAAUGCUGUUUACUGCAGGUAGCUUACAUAUGUGCCAACCUUUUUUGUAUGUUUUGUAUCAAGUUCUGAAACAAAAGGCAACAUUCAUAAAAUGUAUGUGCUGAAAAAUGUAUAGAAGCUAUAUUUUUGUUAGAAUUGUAACAGAUCCUUACUUCUGUCAUAGCCAAGGCAGGUUGCUGUGUAUUAAAAUGCUGCAUCGUGUAUAUCUGAAGAAUGAUGUUUUUGGUGAAGCAUGGUUAUUCAUUCUUUCCUGUUAUCCAUGGCAACAUUCUUCAGUGGAUUUUUAUUCAGAGAAGUUGAACUUCUGAUUUUUAUACUGUAUACUGUUUGCUUUUACCAUUUCUUUAUUUAGAACUAGUGCUCUUGGUGGUUGUACCUUAACUAUUCUGAUAACUGAACACUCACUGCAGCUUGCAUUAGAGAGAAGAAUUUCCCAAGAUUCAAGCUUUGUUAAUUUAAUUUGUUAAAUAUAGCAACAUUGUAAGAUCACAUCCAUGUAAAACGUUUAAUUCAUAGUUUUUGUCACACUUCUGUCACACAGAACAAAAUGUCAACAGUGGAAGGCAUCAAAAAAUAAAGUUCCAUUUGUGAACCAGAACUGAGGCCAAGGCAUUAAUACAGAAUCAAUGUAUUUGUUGCAGGAUCUUGUGUUUCUUCCCACAAUCAGACUAUGCAAAAAAAAAAAAAAAAGUGGAUAUUUGUGCAGAUAUAGGUCCUCUUUAAUAGCAAAAUAAACCAGCACAGAUUAAUCAUCAUCUGCCAAUUGUGUCAGAUCUCCUAGACCAGUUUACUAACAGCUGUUUGUUUCAUACUGUUGUCAGUGCACAGAUGUAAAACAGACACCUCAGAGUUGUAAAAGUAUUAAGAGUAGGUCUCAUAAAGAUAUUUACUUCCAUGAUGUGAACAUAUGGAAUUUAAUGUUACUGUAAGGUGGAAAAAAAACACAUCAGUUAGAUGUAAAAUGUCUCAUCUGGUCACAUAAUUCUGCUCACUGCAUCUCCCAAGAACAAGUGACAACCUCUCAUUUAACAAAGGAGUGGGAUGUAUACCUAUCUUCUCUGUUAGACUCUAAGUUCAUUUGUAAAACACAGAACUCAGAACUUUUAAGUCAACCGUUUUUAAAAGAAGAGACUAUUGGGAGAUUUACUGCCAAUGGAGUGUAUCUGAGAACAAUAGUAUUUUCGAUAAAUACAGAUAUUUAUACAUGCAUAUAGGACUAUUUAAAGUAUGAAUUACAUCCCUGUAAAAUGCACAGCAAGUUGUGUGACUAGAACUGUUCAGUUAAAUAGGUCUGUUUCUCUACCAGGUAGUCACUUAAAAGCAGUCACAUAAAAAUGAAAUAGUUGUUCUCAUGCAAAAGAAAAGAUAAUAAAAACAUGAUCUUCCUUC